GUCCACCCUUUUAUUUUUUAUUUUGCCUUAAACCACACACAGCAGUUUCUUUAAGCCUGCAAAAUGGUUUCCGGGUGGGUGCCACCGAUCGUUAUCACCAGCAUUUGGGCUUUCAUUGGCAUCAUCUGUCCUUUCUUCGCUCGAGGCCUCAACAAGGGGGUGACUCAGUGCUGCCUUAUGCUGACCGCUGUCACCUGCUGGUUGUUCUGGUUCUGCUGUUACAUGACCCAGCUGAACUCUCUGAUCGGCCCCAAACUCUCCAUGAACGAAAUCAUGAUUAUGGCCAGGGAGUGGGGGAACCCCAUUAAGGACACAAUGGAUGUCGCCGUUUAAUCGUUUUCAUAUCACCUGUUUUGUUAUCGUUUACCUUGAAUGCUUUUGCAUUCUGUAUUAUUAGUUUCGAUUUAAUUGUCGAAGCAUAAAAUAAAUUGUAUCAAAGUUAUAGAAAACAAAA